AAAAUAAUUAUUAUUUACGAAAAAGCUCGAAGAAAGAAAAAAAAUUUUUUUAUUUUUUUAUAAGUAAUAUUAUAAUAAACAUAAAAAUUAUAUUUUCAGUUUAAAAAACAAAACUCGAAAACCUCAAAGAAACACUUCCGCGAAAACAGUUAUCUGUAUAUUUAUAAGAAAUUUAAAGCAAAACGAUAUUAAAAAACCGAAUUCGGUUGUGGGAUCAAGACCCUAAACAAAAAUGGAAUAAUAAGGCUAGAGUUAAUCGUAAAAACAAACUUUCGUAUUGCCUGCAGACAAUAUUUUUAUGAUAGAAGAAGCUUAGAUUUUUAUUACUGGAUAGAUUGAUGUGACGCUUGAGUAUUACAAUUGAAAUCGACAUUGUGUUGCUCCAUCACAAAAACUCCUAAAUAUCAAAUGCCGUCAAUUCGCUUGUUUCGCCGAAGUUAUCACUAACAUAUUGAAAUUUUUCUCAUGACGACGACGAUAGAUGGACAUAUUAAGAGUAGUAGUUCAACAUGCAAACCAAAGUUAAACUUAUUGUUGUAAACUUACUGACGACAGUCGAGUCUACGUAACCGUAACAGACUCUGAUUUUCAAUACGGUCAAGAACUGACAACUCGACAGCGUUGCUGAAAAUUAUUUACUAAUGCAACAACAAAAACAGACUUCUAGCAAGAAGGUCUUAAUAGGAAUAGGAAAGGAUUGCAUAAAUUCAACUUGAUAUCAUGUUAUCGUUCCAAUAAUCAAUAAUCAAGAAUAAUGAACAAUUUGCAUGAGAUUAGUUUUUGAGAAACUCGUAACCCUUAUUCGAAUACUCAAUUCUCGUUAGUCUCCAACCGGAAAAAAUUUGUUUUGAUUCCACUAACCGCAAAUCCGCAGUUUCAACAAUUCAGUGCAGGUCACUUUUUGCUCAAAUUAACUGGCUUAGUAAGGUCAAUAUAGACAUAUAACUGCAGAAGAAAUACUAUAGAAAAAAUAUUUGAAAUAGCAAAUGAACUCUUUUGCGGUUCUAAUGUUUUCGGAUCCUGAUGAUUAUAUACAUCCAUACUAACUUGAACUUCUGUAAGACACAAGCUUCACGGUUGAGCCAUGUAGGAGUACACUAUGUUCUAUCAACACCAAACGCUACACCCUAUACGAGUUAUUGUAGCGGUUAUUCUAACCUCUAUAAUUUUUAAUCGAAAAGUGGUUCGCGCUUAAUUUCACGUGUCUCAAUUUACUGAGUGCGGCACACUUCCAAUUGGCUAGUAUUUACCUUUUCACAACUCCUCUUUCCACACAGAUUCGUGCACACACCGCGAGGUGAUAGCGAGUAACCCGUUGCCGGUUUGUAAUACAAUACGAAUUGCAAGUGGCACGCUACAAUGGCGAAGGCGUGCGAAAACAAAACUAGAAAUACCAGACUAAUUAGAUUAAAUGCUAUUUUUCAUGUCAAGUUCUAAAAAACAGAAAUUAUUUGUAUGCAUUGCAAAGUGAAUUCGUUUCAGUACGAGAUGGACUUUACUUAGAGACGCGCGCGUUUAAACCACACACAGACACUGCUCAGACUAAUUAUUAAUAAGCUCGAGUUAGUUGUUAUAUAAAUAGCUAAUAAUUUCUGAAAUACUCUAAAUUAUAAUGAAUAAUACCGAAUAUUACUUCGAUGUGCAACAGAAAUCCUACGAAUACGAGCAGAGUUACGAAAACGACUCGAAAUUAAGUCCGGACACUUACGAAAGCGCUAGUGAAAAUUUACUCACCGAUUAUGAAGUUGUGAGCAACGAGGAGGCAGAUGAAGACGACACCGUUGAGGUCGCAUAUCGAAAGUUACGACGCGAAAAGACGGAAAGUGCGGUUUUCACCAAGAACUCUCCACGUCACGCAAGUGUCGAACGCACUCAACUCGGUAAAUUGCACCUGAGUUUGAGCGCAGAAAAAAUAUCGUUGAAAUCACAGUCGGAGAAAAUCGAUAAAUCGAACGCGUCACUGACAAGGGAAAUUGCGCAGCAAAAAGAAAGCGCAAGCGGUCGCGAGCGUUGUGGACGUGUGACGAAAUCCAUAAGCGCAAGUGGAUUUUGUCCGCGACACAGACGCCAACAACCACAGACGCAGCAACAGUUGGAGAAGAGUAAACCGAAACAAUAUGCGCCGAUUAAUUUCACCAUAGUGCCGAUUAAUGUGGCGGCGCAGAGGCGUAUUAACGAGCGCAAACAAUACGAAAAUGGGCGUGAUUUGCCGGAAAUUGUGCUGACAUCCUUCGAGCAACAACAACCAAAGCAACAAAAUUUUAGAACUGGUAAAGUACCAGUGUCGCCCGGUUUCGAAGCGCCCAUUACAUCCAAGCGUGUUAUAACGCCGAAAGGCGGCAAUACAACGUAUUUACAACAAAAGGAACCGCAACAACAAUACCAGCAAUUACAACAAUAUCGCAGUGUAAUGUUAUCAAAGGCGGCAAUGGCAACCCCGCCACCAUCGCCAGCACCCUCCCCAACAACAUCCGCAACAGCAACGAAGUUAAAGAAAGUCACCAGAUUUUCGCGUGCGCCCGAAUUCUCCAACAAUCACUUUGAGCUGCUGCCAGCUGCAAAGCUUACACCCACCGCCGACGCGACAGCUAUUGCUCCCGCUUUGUCAGCGAAAAAGUUACCGGAUGCCGAGGAUACCAGCAUAAGCGAGAUUAAUUCACAGCCUGGCAGCUCUACUUCACCGGAAUCCCUAAUGGAUAAUGUGCUAAGCGCUGCGUCAUCGGUCUCCGUGCGCAGCAGCAGUCUAAGCAGCGCUGGCGGCGGCAGCGGUAGUGGCGGCAGUGAAAUUCUAAAAAUUCUCAAUGUCACACAGAGCGAAAGCUUAACGCGUAAUGUGCCACAUGUUGCUGUCGCAGUCGUAGCCAAAGAACAACAGCAACAACCACAGGCACAUCAACAACAAAUAGGCGCACAGACAAAGGAAUUGUACGAUAAUCGCUCAUUGAACUUAAAAUCGCCCGUUACGAGAGGCUUGUCGCCGUUAAUGAAAAUAACGGCGGUAAAACAAGCCACAACAACGGUACUCACACCCGUGCCACCAACGCCAACCGCAACAACACCGUUACAAUUGUUGUCUCCGGCGCGCACUUUGACGUCCUCUCCUUCCACGGUCUUGGCUGUGGGUGGAGCGUCGUCAACGCGUUCGGGUGAGACGCGUACGCUGCAACCAACCGAACUAAUCGAGGCGUCAGCAAAUCGUUCAAGAAGUCCAUCGCCAAGUUCCAGUAUUUUGAUUCGCGCUACCCUGGAUGCAUCGUUAUUCCCCGACGAUUUGAAAUGCCGCAUCUGCAGUGAAAUAUUUCGCGAUCCGCGCACCUUGAAUUGUCUACAUUCCUUUUGUUUCCAAUGUCUGGUUGAUGAAAAUUUCAAACAAGACUCUAGCAUACCAUUUUGGUCGCAACCUGGCGCCGAGGACCAUGAUUGGAAGGCCACCAACAAGUCCAACUGUAGCCCGCAAUCAUCUUCACCGGAGAUGUCUGUGCGUAGCGGUUCCACCUCACCUUCGCGACAACGGCAGUCGUCAUUCAGCUUUAGGCGUAAAAAAUCGCUGGAACGGAUCUUGCUGAAAGUAAGGUCAAAAUCGGACGGCAAGAGCUCGGAAAGCUCCACAUCGCUGCGUUUGAGCGCUGCGCCUGAAGAGCGUCUACGCUACAUCAGUUGCAAGAUUUGCAAAUAUGCAACCGUAAUACCGUUAGGUGGCAUACGUCAGUUACCACAGAAUUUUCUGCUCGUACGCAAGAUCGAGACCAUACAACAGGAGCUGGGCGAUGAAGUGAUAACAAAGGUUUGGUGCAGUCUCUGCUUCGACGAAACCAAUGCGACCUACCACUGUGUUAGCUGUACGCUGAAUCUAUGCUCGCUCUGCCGAGAUUCACAUGAACGACAACGCAACACAGCCAACCAUAGUAUACGGAAUAUAAUGGAGUUGAGGCGGGCGCGUAAAAAGCAGCAAAUACUUCUGGAUGAUAAAACGAAAUUUACGCUAAAAUGUAGCAUGCAUCCGGGUUUCGAGAUGAAGGCGUUCUGCAACAGCUGUUUGCAGAUCGCUUGCGCCGAUUGCCUGGUGCUCCUACACAAAGGCCACAAACAUGAGCCGAUAACAAAAGCCUUUGUAAAUUACUCUAAAUUACUGCAUGACGCUGUGGAUCAUACGCGUCCGCUCUGCAGCUAUGCCGAGCAUUCGAUCGAUCACAUGAGUGACAUAUCCAAGCAUAUAAAUAAGAAAUGUGAUGACAUACAAGCGCAGAUAGAGGUGUUCAUGCGGCAAUAUUUCGAAGCGAUCGAAGUGCAUCGGAAGACUUUGUUACAACAGGUGCAUCGUGCACGCGAGACCAAAGUAGAAAUGAUACUCGAGCAGCAGUUGGAUUUAGAAAAACGCAAUAACGAGUCCAAGGAGGCUUUGCUCUUCGCUCAGGAACUCACCGAAUGCGGUUCCCAUGUUGAAGUGCUUUCAUUUCUUAAUAUCUUACUUAAGCGGUUCGAAUACUGUCAGCAAUUCAAAAUGCCUACAGAACCAAAGUUUACGGAUACUCUACACUUUCUACCACAUAUCCGCGCACCUCCGAUGAAAGCCCAAAACGACAUACCACUCUUCGGCAUCAUUACCAUGCAAACUGUUGAGCCUUCAUUGUGCACGCUGCAGUGGGAGGGCUUCACACAAUUACGUCUACAUAAACGUGUAGAACUUCUGCUGCAGUCACGUGACACUGAUGGUGCGGGCUUAUGCCAUGGUGGCUUACAAAUACAGUCUUUACUCAAGUACAAAGAAACGAGUUCAAAAUUUUUACCAGUAGAGAUCGCCGACAAUCGCGACGGCACUUAUGGCAUCGGCUUUACACCCGACGCUGAAGGGGCGCUAGUGCUGAUAAUAAAUAUUCAUGAUAAGCCCAUCAAGGGCAGUCCCUUCACAUUCCUCGCACGCAAUGUACGCCCACACAGUGGCAUCUAUCAUUGCUGCACCUUCUGCUCCAGUAAAGGUAAUAAGAUGGUGAAAUGUUCCUGUGAAGGGCGCAUGCCUGGUUACAAUGGCUGUGGGCAUGGUCAUGUCGGUCACCCAGGUACUCGUCAUUGGUCGUGUUGUGGUAAUAUUUUAGAGAGUUCCGAAUGUAAUAUGGCAAAUAAGUUGAUGAAUUCAUAAAUCUAUUUUAAUUUAUAAGCAAA